AACGUCGGAAUGGAUACUCCAUUCUUGUGACGUCAUCUUCAGUGUACCUACCCAAGUUGCCUGUUGACACCUGUUACCAUGAUAGCGACCCGGGUUUGAGUUCAGCCAACCAUGAAAAUAGGUCAUGUAACAACAUUGGAAGUUAUGUUACAAUCUACAACCAAAGGAAUACCCUAUCAGGGAACACAUUUAGUCUAUAUGCUGUCCUGGAGUUAUGUGAGGUCAAGGUCAUGGGUUGUCCACUAUACAAACACGGUGCUAACUGUACAGAAAAUUGUUCAGUUAACUGUAUCAAUCGUCUGUGUUUCCCAGCAAAUGGCGAUUGUAUGCAAGGUUGUCAACCUGGUUACAAAGACAGUACAUGUGAAAUCCCUUGUGACAAUUAUUUCUACGGUAAUAAUUGUGUAAGCGAAUGCCAUUGUAAGAGAGGACCUUGUAAUGUCACAAAUGGCAUAUGUCCCAGCGGAGGAUGUUCGCCUGGAUACAACGGAUCAACCUGCAGCACGAAGUGUGAAGGUGGAACAUUUGGUGACAACUGUGAAAACAACUGUGGAGAAUGUUAUACAGGAACAAAGACAUGUGACUACAGAAAUGGGUCAUGUACAAGUGGUUGUAAACCCGGAUUCAAGCCAAGCCAGUGCAUUGAAGUUUGUGAUCCAGGGAGUUACGGCAGGAAUUGCACACAUGACUGUGGUAGCUGCUUAGAUGGGGAACCAUGUCACCACAUCAAUGGCACGUGUUUAAACGGCUGCGUUCCUGGUAAAAGGGGCAACAAAUGUGACCUAAAUUGUACAGCUGGUACAUAUGGCCGAAACUGCACACAACAUUGUGGUAACUGUCUGAAUGGCUCACAUACAUGUACUAAGACGAACGGAUCGUGUCCAGAUGGAUGUUUGGCGGGUUGGCAAAAACCAACGUGCAAGAGUGCCUGUGAACCUGGACACUAUGGAAUAAACUGUGCAGAGCCGUGUGGAAAAUGUAAGAACGAUCAGACAUGCAACAGAACUGAUGGAACUUGUGAGGACGGCUGUAGUCCUGGUUGGAAUGGAUCUUUCUGUAAAGAGAGAUGUUCGAUAGGGUGGUACGGAGAGGCCUGCAAGGAGAAGUGCGGUAACUGUGCCGAAGAAAGGAAUUGUCAUCACAUUCACGGAACUUGCCCCCAAGAUAAUAAUGACUAUGUUUGUGAUCCAGGAAAGAAAGGGGAAAAGUGCAAAACAGACUGCAGUUACAAUGAAUACGGAUCGGACUGUAGUCAAAUUUGUGGACGAUGUUUUAACCUCUCGUGUGAUUCCGUGUCUGGAAAUUGUACCGAAGGAUGUCUUCAAGGAUGGGCAGGUGUUCAAUGCGUAAUAAAACAUAAUGCGCUUAGCCCACCGACUUCAUCAUCUGGAUUUGUCAUUGCUGCUAUUACCGCUGUCAUUGUAGCGAUUGCUAUCGUAACAAUUGUGAUUGUCGUGGUUAAGAAGAGAAGGGGGCGCCAAAUGCCAUACUCUUCUCCACAAUAUGAUGAUGAUAAACAAAAUGAAAUAGGUGCCCUUUAUGAAAAUAUGGCAGCAGACACACAUAUUGACGAGGAAACAAACCAUAUAGAUCAGAUGACGUAUGAAAACGUCGGAAAUAUCAGUCGAAAUGACCAACAACAGAAUGGAGUGCUGAAAGAAAAUCUUCCCCAAGAAAUCGUUAGAAAAGAAGAAUGCGAUGAGUUUAUCAAAGAUUUUAAGGAGUUUCUGUCCGGAAGCCAGUUCCCUUGUGAAGAGGCUUUAAAGGCUGAAAACAAAAGCAGAAAUCGAUACAAGACUACAUUUCCAUACGAUCAUUCCAGGGUGAUAUUGGAUGGAAACCAAGAUUACAUUAAUGCUAACUUUAUCAAGGAUCUGGAGGGCACAAACGCGUAUGUGGCAACACAAGGUCCGAAAGCCAGUACGCUUCACGACUUCUGGCGAAUGAUAUGGCAGCUAAAGACUGGAAAAAUAGUGAUGCUUGCGAAAUGCGUUGAACUAGGAAAGUUCAAAGUUGAAAAAUACUGGCCUGACAGUGGUUCUUCGAUUCAACACGGUAGCAUGAAUAUAAGCUGCAUAUCUUCCACGCAAUGUGAAGCAUAUACAGUUCGAAAAUUCAGCCUGGAAAACGAAAAUGCAGAUGAGAGGAGAGUGAUCACCCAGUUCCAUUUCACGAAAUGGCCAGACCACGGAACACCUGACGUCAUACGUUUUGCUCUUCUUUUACAAGAUGUGCAAUCCGUCGAUUCAAAAUUGUGUGGACCAAUGGUUGUCCAUUGCAGUGCUGGUGUAGGGCGUACAGGGACGUUCAUUGCGCUGGAUGUGUUGUUCCGACACGGAAAAACUACGGGAAGGGUGGAUCCUCCUGCUUACAUACAGAGCAUGCGGCGAGACAGGAUGGAUAUGGUGCAGACAAAGCUCCAGUACGUUUUUAUAUACCAAGCAUUGGUGGAGCUCUUUCUCAUUGACAACACAACUCUAACUAUGACCGACUUCGAUUCGAAAUGCCUUAAAUCCCCACGUCUUCUCCAGGAAUAUGAGAAGCUGAAUGGAAAACGUCCAACCAUACCCAAAAAUCAAUUAUCAGGAUGCAUGAUUCCAAAAAACAAGGAAAAAAACAGAGACCCAAAAAUAUUGCCAUGUCGUUCGUAUCGUCCUAUUUUAUCAUCACAACCUGCAAGCAAGACCGACUACAUCAAUGCAGUGUUCGUUCCGAGUCUCCAGAGCUAUGAUGGAUAUAUAGUCACUCAAUGGCCCCUCCUGCACACUGCUGAUGACUUUUGGACGAUGAUUUACGACUACAAAUCUAUGGCUAUUGCUAUCCUGGAUAGCGAUGCUGAUACCAAUGAUCCAAAACUGAUGCCAUCACAGGAAGAAUCAGAAAUAACAGCAGGGAAUUUUACUGUACAAAUAUCUGGUAACUCCCGAACUGAGAGUUCUGUAGCGAUGACAGAAGUCUGCCUCUCUAAAAUGGGAGAUGAUGCUUCACACAAAAUCAAGAUAUUCCGAGUUUGUAACUGGCCCCAGGAUCAGCAAAUGUGUGCCGAGGGGUGCGUCACAGAGAUUGCGUACGCAGUACAUGAAUGCCAGAGAAACUUUACUUCCGGCGGUCCUGUUACUGUCGUCUGCAGGGACGGGUCUUCAAAAUGUGGGAUAUUUUGCACUGUUGCAAAUGCUAUUGAAAAUAUCAACCUUAACCAGCAAGUCAGUCUGAUUCAGGUGGUGAGACAGCUUCAGUUGCGACGCCCAUCUUUCAUCAGUACCUAUGAGAGUUACGUCAUGUGCAAUCGAGAAGUAAAGGUACACUUCGAUGCGUUGUCAGAAUACCAAAACUACGAAGGACCAUCAUCCUAGGCCACAGAUUAAAAUUGCAGUCGCGUCUUUAAGCCACAGUGCAAUGUAAAAACCAAUCAAACUGACAGCAUUUUCUACAUUUAGAUAGAGAAACAUGCUCAUAUCAGCAACAUUGACAUUUCCCCGCUACAAGUAUGGAAUAAAAAAUAUUCGUAUCAUUAUCAACAGACUUGAUAGAAAAAUGGUAUUCAAUGUUCAUAAUUCAACUUCUACAGUUUUGCAAUGGUAUUCUAUAAUAAUUAUAUACAGUAAUAACUGUAUUGCAAGGUACUAAAAUAUACUGCGUGAGCCUCUCGGACACACAUUUGUAUAUCUGAUACUGAACCUAAAGUAGGACUAAUGGAACUAGUGCUGUUAUGCCUCUUUUGGUCUUUCAAUCAAACAUGAAAUAUGUUAUUAUCGAUAUUUUUCUGUCAGUAACGAUCAUUAGUGGUCUCUUAACGAUUUCGUGUAUGCAACAAUGAAUACAGACUUUUUACAUUGAAUUGAGCUGUAAUCUGUUCACUAGUGAUAUCAAAAUUUAACAGAAAUUACUCAGCAAAAUGUUUCCUUGGGUAGUAAUAUUAUAUUGCUAUUAUUUAGCCUAUUUUCCGGUCAUCUGAAAUUUCGUCUUAGUUGACUGUGCAGUUGCCUUUUGGUCACUGUCGUUUGUCAUGGGUAAUCCGUCUGUAAUCAAUUGACAUUUUCGACUUCUCCAAAACCCCUAAAACAAAUUUGCAGAAACGUUCUAAGGCCGAAGGUGAACUAAAAUUUAGAAUUAUGUGGUCGCCACAUACAGAGGCAAUGAAAACGGGAUGAAAAUGAGUCACAUGGUUUUAUAUUUCCAAAAUUACAUUUUGAUCACAACUUGAAUAAUUUACAUUGGAUUUAUACACAGGUGCUUAGAACUUUCAGCAUUUGAUGAAAUAAAUUUGCAUAACAUUAAUUUCAUGCAAAUGUUAUGUUACAAUAACCUAAACGAUAGUUUUUAAAGGUUACUGAUGACUGAUGAAAAAGUAACAAUCGAAGUAGUAAUAUCAUUUCAAGUUAGAGUCUCACAUUUUUCAUUGUUGCUUGUAUACUAAUUCUUUAAUAUACAUACAAACAUACAUACGAACGAAUAUACCAUUUGAGAUUUGAUUAUUACUACGCUGCUAGGGAACAAGUUUCCUUUGUAAAUAUACACAUAGAUAAAGAUUAUGUAAAAAAUUAAAUACCUAUAUAUCACACAACUCAUAUGAUUUGUGGUAACAAGUCCAUAUUUGUCAUUUCUGUAUUGUAAUCGUUUUAAGUGAUAUAAUGCGAUCAGAUAGAUUAUUAUUCAAUAUUUUGCUAAGAAUAUUUGUUUAAAUUC